AUGAGACGAUCAAAUCGUAUAGAACCGGGUAAUAUUGAUAGUGAUGCUGGGGAUUUAGCACGAGCUACCGUAACAACAACAACGCAUAUGGAAGUUGUACGACGAAUUCAAGUAGUUCCGAUGAAGGACGCACUUGCUCAAUUGCAUACUGAUCUAAAUCAAUCACUUGCUGGUGACAUAACUAUUUCACCAAGAAUUUGGACUGGAAUGCCGAGUACUGUAACACCUGUAGUUGUUAGAAGUUCACGCAAAACAUUAUGGCUUAUUGGCGGUUUAUUUAUUGUAGUUGGAUUGAGUGCUCUUGCUGCUAUGAUUGUUGGCUUAACAAUGGCAUUUGGACAGACAACUGCCGUUGGUGAGAGUCAAAUUGAACGAUAUGACAUUGGUGAUUUGCGUUAUGGAAUCGAUGGUGCCGAUAAUGAAAAUUUUCCUUCAAAUACUUUUUUAUCUAGUGACAAUGAGGAUUCUGUUCAAAAAUAUCUCUCUGAUCAAUUAAUAAACGAAUCUGGUUAUCGUGGUUUAUUUAUUGAUGGCGUUCUUGUACAACAAGACUCGACAAGUGGUCGAAAACGACGAGCUACAUCAUGUUCAACUAUUUUUGUUAUUCGAAAUAUUCAAGUCUAUUUUGAUCGUUGUUCAACUUGUGUUGGUGCACGCAAUCUUGCUUUACGUCGGGCAUUUGCGAAUAUGACUGCAUUUCAAAAAUCAUUAGAUUUAUCAGCAACCAACGGUAGUGUAUCUCAAAUAUCUACAGGAAUUUGUUCAACACCAAAUAUAACUAAUCCAAUUGUACCAGUAACAUUAAGUGUUUUAGAAGCACAACAAAUUAAUUCAAGUCUUACACCAACAACUACAUAUAUGACAACGACUGAGGCAUCAACAAGUUAUUCAACAUAUACUUAUUCAACACGACCAACAAGUCGUUCAAUAUAUGCAUUGACAUCUCGAAGUAUUUCUACAGAAAAAAUAAAAGCAACGACAACAAGUACUUUACGUCCAAUCGAAACAACUUUACCAAUUGCAACAACAAUAAUUAAUGAUAUCAGUAGUGUUGUUUCUACAAUUUCAUCUCCAAUUACAACAGAUUCAAUAUCAACUAUUGAUUUUACAACUGCAGAAACUUCAACAAAAACACCUGAAAUAUCUACCACUUUCAUUGAGUUAACAUCAACAGUAUUUAAUGAAGUAGAUGAAACAACAUCUUCUUUCAUGGAUUUAAUAACUACAUCAGGAAUAAUUGAACAUACAACAACAGCACAACAAAUCGAAGAUACAACAACAAUACAAUUUGAAGACACGACAACCGAACAAGUCGCAUACGUGACUACAACAGAACAAUUCGGAAAUACAACAACAAUACAAACAGAAGAUACAACAACAAUACAAACCGAAGAUACAACAGCAAUACAAGCCGCAGAUACAACAACAGAACAAUUCGAGGAUACAACAACAGUACAAGUCGAAGACACGACGACUGUACAACAGUUCGAAGAAACAACAGCAACAGAUCAAGUCGAAGAUACAACAUUGUCUGUAGAUGAGACAACGAUAUCCGAAGAAUUUGAAGACACAACAUUAUCUACAGAGGAUAUUAUGACAACAGAAAGAUUUGAUGAAACAGCAACAACUCAGAAACUUGAAGAAAUAACAUCUUCUAUCAACACAACGACAACAUUCAAUGAAUUUUUGAAUAUUUCAACAUUAGAACCAAUCGAACUAACAACAACAUCUGUAAAUGAGACAACGACAUCGAACGAAUUCAAACAAACAACAUCAUUUGAAGAUUUAAUAGCGACAACAGAAUUAUUCGAAGCAACUGCAUAUACUACUAAUUUAACUUCAGCAUCAAUCGAAUUAGUCACAACUGAAACUUUAUCAUAUGAUACGGACACAACAAUUGAAUUAGAAGAAACAACAUCAUCAUUGACAAAUUUUACUAGUGAAGAAAAAUCAACCGUUAAUUAUAUGAUAAAUGCGACAACAAGUAAUGAUUUUGAAACAAUAACUCUUGAUAAUUUUGAAGAUCUAACAAGUCCUGCAGUAGAAAGCUUGUCAACAAUAAAUCAUACUAUUAUCGAAUCUGAUUUAUUUCAAACAACAAUUAGUCAAGAUGAAAAAACAUUAUCAGAUUCUUCGACAGGAACACAAUUAGCUACUUCUAUUUAUGAUAAUUCAACUGAAAUUUCUGAUAGUUCGAUCAAAUUCGAAGCUACUACAAAUGAAAUUGAAAUUGAUCAAUCAUCAUCCUUUUAUGAUGAAUCAACAACAGAAAUGCCUGAACUACAAUCAAGUACAAUAUCUAGUUAUACCGAUGAAACAAGUCCUUCAUCAAUGUAUCUUUCAACUACAAUAAAGUCAAUAUCUACUCAUGCUCUAUCAUCAUUUAAAUCAGUAACUCCAACCGCUACUAGUUCUUUUCGACAAACUACUCAAAAGAUUUCUCCAUUUUUAUCAUAUAAACCAUUAUUAACUACUUCUUUACGAAAUACACCAUCUCAAUUAACUAGUCGACCAAUGUCAUCAUUGACAUCAAUAAGACCUGGUCGUACACAAAAAGAAACAUUUUAUUCUACUGUUUUUACAACUCCAACAACACAGCGUUACAGUACUUCACUUGCUGGAACACCUAAAACUACUUAUCAAUCAACAAUGAAAAUGCGACGUUUUACUACUGCUAUUACUCCAUUAAUGUCUACUGGUCGAACAAAUAUUCGAACUUAUACAACAGCAACAGUUCCAUUAACAACAGGAACACAACAACGCACUCGACUAAGACAGACAUCAUAUAAUCCAACAAGUAUUCGACCACAAACAACUGCUCGACCACAAACAACAGUUCGAUCGCAAACAACUGCUCGAUCACAAACAAGUGUACGACCAGAGACAAGUGCUCGAUCACAAACGAGUGUGCGACCACAAACAACUGCUCGAUCGCAAACAACUGCUCGAUCACAAACAACUGUACGGCCAGAGACAAGUGCUCGAUCACAAACGAGUGUGCGAUCUCAAACAACUGCUCGAUCGCAAACAAGUGUACGACCACAAACAACUGCUCGAUCGCAAACAAGUGCUCGAUCGCAAACAAGUGCAUCUACACGCUAUCAAACAACUUACGUACCAACAAGUACUCUAAAAUCACAUUCGACAUCUCUGAUAAGCACAGAAACAAUGACUAUUGAAUCAACAAUUGCAACCGAUGUACACAUUGAAACAUCAUCAUCAGCUUCUUCUUCACCCGCCGAAAUAGCUGGUACAACUAAUAUACCUUCAAUACCAAUCGAUAUCGAUCAAUCAUCAUCUUCUACAAAUCUUUAUAACACAACUGAAUCAUUAUUAACAACAGAUUUACCAUUAACUAUUUCUGAUGAAUUAACUACAAAUGAAUCUUAUACAACAUCAUCUAAAUUUAGUACAACUACCACUAUUGUAAGUACUUCUGGCAUGAUCAUAACAAGUAGAUUGCUUGAUGAUUCAACUAAUCAACAAAGCUUGCAUUCAUCUGCUUUUACUACUACUGCUUCAUUAACAAAUGCUUAUAUAGAAAGUAGUUCCAUCACUUCUGUACCUAUAAUUUAUUCAUCGAUACAAACAACGGCAGAUAUCGAUUAUAGAUCGACAAAAUUAUUACAAACUCUACUCGAUAGUUCACUUCCUGUGAUUGAUCAAGAAAAAACAUCAGUAGAUAGUAGUUCUCAAUUUCUAUCAUUAAUAACAACAAUUUCAACUACUAAUGAUAUGAAAUCUACAACAAUACCUAUCAACGAACAAAUGAUAUUCACCAGUCAAGAUAUUUCAAGUCAAAACUCAAUCGAAUCCAAUACUAUAACAAUAACUCAGAGCACAAAUAAUAAUAUAUUUGAAUUUCAAUCAACUGAACAAUCAUCAAAUCUGUCAAACAAUAAUCACACAACAAGUAUUAACUUAAUGGAAUCUCUUAGUACAGAAAUCAGCAAAACAUCGUUCAUAGAUACUAAAUCAUCAACUGAAAUAAAUCAAAUGAAUAAUUCCAUCACAGUAUCAAUCUCUUCUUUUACUCAUGACAAUAUUUCAAGUUCAACUAAUCAUAUAACAUACAUGAAUACGUUAUCAUCAACUACAAACAUAGAUGUAACCAAUACUGAAUUCUCAUCUACAAUUUAUACACCAAGACUUGUUACUUCAAGUGCACAUACAUUAACUUCAAGUUUGUAUGAAGAUCAAUCAUCAUCAGUUCCGUGGUCAACAUUUAAUUCUGAUUCCUCAAUACUUUCAACUCUUUCUACUGAGAAGAAUGAAUUUACUACUCAAACAUUUUCUACUAUGAAUUCAAAAUUAGUAGAAUUCUCAACAAGUACUUUUUCAACAAUAGAUCAAAGAGUUUCAAGUUCAACUCUACAAUCUUUAUUAUCUUCAUCACAAUCAAUAAUGACAACUGACACAACAACAAAUGUUUUAACUAAUACAGAAACUGAAUCGUCCGUAGAAACAACAUUCAUUCCAAGUUCAACUAUUGUUACAUCUAUUUCUAAUGUGUCAUCAUAUCACAUAUUCUCUUCAGUCGAGCAUAACGAACAAUUAUCUACAGUAUCUACCGCUACAUUAGAUAAUAAUUCUACAACAUUGAAACCAUCAAUAAUUACUACCAAUCAAAAUCCAGAUACUGAUCUUAUUUCGUCCAUUGAAUUACAACUAGCCCCUACUCAAUCGACUUCUAAAAUAAAUGACGAAAUUUUAAGUACAACUGGCACGAACAUACUAAAUGAAAUUACAACGAAACUACUACAAGAUCAAACAUUAGUCGCAACAAAUUAUCCAACAGAAUCGUCAACUCAAUCAUCCAUAUCUUCCUAUAGUAAUCAAAUAUUGACAACUCUUAAUGAUUUAAAUAAAGUAUCAACACUGUUAACAACUAGUGUAAAACAUGAUGAAACAUCUAUGCCAGCUCUCAGUAGUACCGUAGCAUUAAAUGUUCAAUCAUCCAUCGAAACUGACACAACUAAAAACUCUAUUCCAUCAACUACUAGUACCUACAAUAUUGAAAAUACUUUCAAUUCAUCUAUAUAUCUAUCGUCAGAACGUAUGACAAACAUUGAUACUGUAACCCCAUCAGCAUUCACUGAUGUAACUACUACCACUGUCGUAUCUACUAUUGAUACUUCAACAAUUCAACAUUCAACAUCUGACACUAAUACUGAGACUAUAACUAAAGAUCGUACACUUUCAACCUAUGAAGCUACCAGUAACGUAUUAACGUCAUCAACAAUCUCAUCUUAUACGUAUCAAACAUUAACUCAAAUUGUUGAUACAGCAAGUAGUCAAAGUUUAGAUACGAAUUCUAUUUCAACAAUGAAUUCGACAAUGACUACAAAUCAAUUAUCAUCACAAACAAGUACUCUUUUCUUUAGCAAUAUUGAAACUACUACAACUAAAACUACUUCAAGUUCAACCGAACAUUUAUCUUCGCCAUUAUUUUCAUCAGAACAGAUAUCAACCAUUGACACUACCACGCCGCCAUUCAUCUCUGUUUUCAGUUCAAAUUUAAUUACAUCCACUUUUGACACCUCCCUGGUUCAAAUAUUAACAACUGUCGAUGAGAAGAAUACGUCUCCAGCAUCUUUAUCAACUGCUUUGAAGACGAACAAAGUAACGACUGAAACAUCAGUAAUUACACAUUCUUCUACUCAUAUUACCAAUGUUUCUACUAUCUCAACCAUUUUGUCACACCCAUCAGUGUCACAAUAUGCAAACAAUGAUGAAUUUAGCACGUUUUCAUCUCUUGCAAAUAACAUUGAUAUUACGUCAUCAUCCACUCUCCAUCCAUUAAUAUUUCACAGUUCAAGCCUUAAUACAUUGUCUUCACUUGCCUCAGAUUCCAAUGGCAUAUCGACUACUAUUACAGCAACAUUUGCUUCCACUUUUGAACAUAUUUCAACCUCAACUGAAAGUUCAUUACCUUUAUCCUCAGAAUAUACAAACAAGAUUACUGAUCCAUUAAUAACACAAUCAACAACUAUUAAUGAUAAAUAUCUAACAUCCAGAGCAAUGAGUAGUCAAAAUUUAGAAACUGAUACUAAGCAAACAACAAUGCAAACAAAUAGUGUUUUCUCAACUGCACUUGAUAAUAACAAUAUAUUUGUCACAUCGAUCGUACCUACUACGACCACAGAAAUGAAAUCUUCGUUAUUAACAUCUUUAGACAAUGUGUCAAACACUCCCACUAUAACAUCAACACCAACUAAUAAUAUCAUUGAUAUUACAAGUACUCAAGAAGUGUUUGAAGAUAACUUAUCAUCAACAUCUGAUACUGUACAUCAAACAACACAUUUAGAAGUAGUUUCUACCGAUUUCGAUAUUCAAUCAACGAUCACAAGUAGUUCUACUACAUUGUCUACCAGAGCAGAUACAACAAUCAAUCAAGAUAAAUCAACUGUUUCUCAUAACGUCACCGAACUUAUAUCAACCUCUGUUGAAUCUUCAUUAUCAGAACAAAUCACUACAGACACCAGUAAAACUACAUUUAUAACUUUAACCAAUGCUUUUGAUGACACUUCGAACAUUCCUGAUGGAGAAACAACUUCUACGCUUGAGCCCACAAGCAAAAUAUCUACAUUUAAUGAGGCAACUGUUUCUUCCCUCACAAUAGUUCAAAACUCUACUGAUAUUCAACAAAAUGCAACAAGUUCAUCAAUAUUUUCAAUGACAACUGUUGAUGAAACGGCAUCGCCAUUGACGGACACCGUUCGUCUUACAACAGCUUUCUCUACUGUUACUUCAUCAUCUUCAGGAAGCUCUGAAACUACUGAGAAUAAUUGGAAAACAUCUCAAAAUCAACUACAAUCUACUACAGAAUAUACAAUGGAAGAGACAACAUCAUCUACAUCUUCUUUGAGUCCUACUCAAACGCUAACUGAAACGUCCUCAAACACCAUGACAAACAGUCAAACCGUAUCAUAUACAAGCAUUGAUCAAACAACCGAUACUACUACAAUGUCAUCUACUGCACAAGAUACUACACCAUUACAAUCCGCUACGAUAAGUUCUUCCUUGUUAGAUAACUCUAAUAUCGCCACAACUUCAGAUUCUUCUCAAUAUUCCGUGAGCAGUACACUGAACAUGAUCGACGACACAUCAACUACUACAAUACCAAAUACGAAUACUGAUCAAUCAUCUAUAACAUUAUCAAUAUUACCAAACACUGGCACUCCCAUCAUUGAAACGACGCCGUCAACCACCAUAAAACUCACCAGCUCUCAAAGAACUUCUGUUUUAUCCAGUGAAUAUGAUUCAUCGCGAAUAUUUGAUUCUACUGCUAUAAAUUUAUUCACAACCACAGAAACUGUAUCGAAUUCAAUGAAAAGUCAAUUAGAAACAUCCACAGAUGAUGUCUUCACAACAAAUCCUACUAGUAACGAACUUCAUCAAUCAAGUAGUAUUUCAUCGAUCCUUUCAACUUCAAGUACUGUCUCAUCUACUGCAGACAUGAUCAUGCAAGAUAUUAUAAGUACUACUCAAACCACUAUAAAUCCGCAAUCAUCACAGUUCACAACUACUAGCGAAGCACGAUCGUCAACGCUUUCAAUAUUAUCUAAAGAAACCGACACUACAAUUGACUUCAGUACAAUGACAUCACUAACUCCAUCGGAUUCAACACAUUUUACUUCACAACCUACUAAUAACCUAACAUCUUUCGUGUCUCCGAAUACUGAAACAAGUAACUCAUUAUCAACAUUGUCUUCACUUCUUACGAAUUCAAAUGACAUAUCUACUACUGUUACACCAACGUUUUCUUCCACUUUGGAAUAUAUUUCAACUUCUACUGAAAGUUUAUUACAUUCGUCUUCAGAAUAUACAAGCACAAUUAGUGACCAAUUAACAACACAAUCAACAACUAUUACUGAUAAAUAUCCAACAUCAAUCGCAAUCAGUAGUCAAAUUUCAGAAACUAAUACUAAUCGAAUAACAUUGCAAACCAUUAGUGUGUUACCGACUUCAGUUGAUAAUAACAAUAUAUUUGUGACAUCGAUCACACCUACUACGACCAUAGAAAUCAAAUCUUCAGAUAAUAUCUUAAACAUUGCCACUAUAACACCAACAUCGACUAAUAAUAUCAACGAUAUUACAACUACUCAAGACGUUAUUCAGGACAAAUUGUCAUCAACACCCAAUACAGCGCAACAAACAACAUAUCUACGAGAAACUUCUACAAAUUUCGAUACAGAAUCAACAUCUCUCAUUAGUUCUAUCCCAUUAUCUACUAGAGUAGAUACAACAAUCAAUCAAGACCAAUCAACUAUUUCUCGUACCGUCAAAGAACCUAUGUCAAGUUCUUUCGAAUCUUCAUUAUCAGAACAAAUCACUACAGACACCAGUAAAACCACAUUUGCAACUUUAACUCAUAUCUCUAGCGACACUACGAUCAUUCGCGAUGAGCAAACAACUUCUACUCUUCAACAUACAAGUAAAAUAUCUACAAUUAAUGAAGCAACUGUUUCUUCCAUAACAUUAAUACAAAACUCUACUGAUGUUCAACAAAAUACAUCACAUUCAUCAAUAUCUUCAAUGACGACAACUGAGAACAUGACAUCGCCAUUAACAGCCGCCGCUAGUCAUGUCAUAAUUUACUCUACUAUUACUUCACUACCUGCAGAAAGUUCUAACGCUAUUGACAAUACUUGGAAAACAACUCAAAUCCAGUCGCAAUCUACAAAACAAUAUACGAAAGAUGAAACAACAUUACCUACAACUUCUUUGACUUAUACUCAAACGUUCACUAAACCUUCCUCAAACAUAAUGACAAGCAGUCAAACAGUAUCAUAUACAAAUAUUGAUCAAACAACCGAUACUACUACAAUGUCCGAUACUGCACAAGAUACUACACCAUUACAAUCUUCAACAGUAACCUCUUCUUUGUUAGGUAACUCUAAUAUAGCCACAAUUUCUUCAGAUUCUUCUCAAUAUUUCAUGAGCAGUACACUGAACAUGAUCGACGAAACCUCUACUACCACAAUGUCAACUACGAAUACUGAUCAAUCAUCUAUACCAUCAUCAAUAUUACCAAGCACUAGCACUUCAACCAGGGAAAGCACACCGUCCACUAAUACAAAACUCAGUACCUCUCACAGAACUUCUCCCCUAUCCAGUGAAUCUGAUCCAUCUCAAAUAUUUGAUACUACCAUAUUAAAUUCAAUCACAACCACGGAAACUGUGUCGAGCUCAUUUGAAAAUCAAUUAGAAACAUCCACAGAUCAUCUAUCCGUCACAAAUCCUGCUAGUAACGUAGUUCCUCAAUCAAUUAGUAUUUCAUCGAUCCUUUCAACUUCAAGUACUCUCUUAUUUACUGCAGAUAUGACCUUGCAGGAUAUUAUAACUACCACUAAAACCACUAUGAGUGUGCAAUCAUCACAGUACACAAGUAGCAGCGAAACACAAUCGACAACAGUUUCAAUCUUACCUAAAGAAACAGACACUUCGAUUGAAUUCAGUACAUUAACAUCACUAAUCCCAUCAAAUUCUACACAUUUCACUUCACAAUCCACUAAUAACCUAACAUCUUUCGUAUCUUCGAAUGCCGAAAUUACUAAUACAUUAUCAAUGUUGUCUUCACGUUUUACAAAGUCAAAUGACAUAUCUACCACUUUCACAUCUACGUUAUCUUCUACUUUGGAAAAUAUUUCAACUUCUACUGAGAGCUUAUUACAUUCAUCUACAGGAUACGCAAGCAAAAUUACUGGCCAAUUAACCACGCAAUCAACAACUAUUAAUGAUAAAUAUCUUACAUCAAUACCAAUCAGUAGUCAAAAUUUAGAAACUGAUACUAAGCAAACAACAAUGCAAACAAAUAGUGUUUUCUCAACUGCACUUGAUAAUAAUCAGAUAUUUCUCACGUCCAUCACACCUGCCACAACCAUAGAAAUGAAAUCUUCGUUAUUAACAUCUUCAGAUAAUGUGUCAAACACUCCCACUAUAACAUCAACAUCAACUAAUAAUAUCAUUGAUAUUACAAGUACUCCAGAAGUGUUUGAAGAUAACUUAUCAUCAACAUCUGAUACUGUACAUCAAACAACACAUUUAGAACUAGUUUCUACCGAUUUCGAUAUUCAAUCAACGAUCACAAGUAGUUCUACCAUAUUAUCUACCAGAAUAGAUACAACAAUCAAUCAAGAUAAAUCAACUGUUUCUCAUAACGUCACCGAACUUAUAUCAACCUCUGCUGAAUCUUCAUUAUCAGAACAAAUCACUACUUACACAAGUGAAACUACCUUUGUAACUUUAACCAAUGCUUUUGAUGACACUUCGAACAUUCCUGAUGGAGAAACAACUUCUACGCUUGAGUCCACAAGCAAAAUAUCUACAUUUAAUGAGACAACUGUUUCUUCCGUCCCAUUAAAUCAAAACUCUACUGAUGUUCAACAAAUUGCAACAAGUUCAUCAAUAUUGUCAAUGACAACUGUUGAUGAAACGACAUCGUCCCUGACGAUCACCGUUAGUCCUACUACACUGUUCUCUACUGUUACUUCAUCAUCUUCAGAAAGCUCAAAAGCUACUUCUGAUACUUCGAAAACAUCUCAGAAUCAACCAAAAUCAACUACAGAAUAUAUAACGGAAGAGACAACAUCAUCUACAUCUUCUUUGAGUCCUACUCAAACGCUAACUGAAACGUCCUCAAACACAAUGACAAACAGUCAAAAAGUAUCAUAUACAAACAUUGAUCAAACAACCGAUACUACUACAAUGUCAACUACUGCACAAGAUACUACGCGAUUAGAGUCUGCUACGAGAAGUUCUUCCUUGUUAGACAACUCCAAUAUCGACAUAACUUCUUCAGAUUCUUCUCCAUAUCUGUUCAGCAGUACAGCGAAACGAAUCCAUGAAACAUCUACUACUACAAUCUCAAUUACGAAUACUGAGGAAUCAUCUAAACCAUCAUCAUCAUUACGAAGUGAUGUAUUCACGACAAGUCCUAUUAGUAACGCAUUCGAUCAAUCAAGUAGUAUUUCAUCGAUUCUUUCAACUUCAAGCACAGUCUCAUCUACUGGAGACAUGAACAUGCAGGAUAUUAUAAGUACUACUCAAGCCACUAUAAAUGCGCAAUCAUCACAGUUCACAACUACUAGCGAAGCACGAUCGUCAACGCUUUCAAUAUUAUCUAAAGAAACCGACACUACAAUUGACUUCAGUACAAUGACAUCACUAACUCCAUCGAAUUCUACACAUUUCACUUCACAAUCUACUAAUAACCUAACCUCUUCUGUAUCACCGAAUGGCGAAGUUACUAAUACAUUAUCAACAUUGUCUUCAUUUGUCACAAAUUCAAACGACGUAUCUACCACUUUCACAUCUACGUUGUCUUCUACUUUGGAACAUAUUUCAACUUUUACUGAAAGUUCAUUACCUUUAUCCUCAGAAUAUACAAACAAGAUUACUGAUCCAUUAAUAACACAAUCAACAACUAUUAAUGAUAAAUAUCUAACAUCCACAGGAAUGAGUCGUCAAAAUUUAGAAACUGAUACUAAGCAAACAAUAAUGCAAACAAAUAGUGUUUUCUCAACUGCAGUUGAUAAUAACAAUAUAUUUGUCACAUCGAUCGUACCUACUACGAACACAGUAAUGAAAUCGUCGUUAUUAACAUCUUCAGAUAAUGUGUCCAACACUCUCACUAUAACACCAACAUCAACUAAUAAUAUCAUUGAUAUUACAAGUACUCAAGAAGUGUUUCAAGACAACUUAUCAUCAACAUCUCAUACUGUACAUCAAACAACAAAUUUAGAAGUAGUUUCUACCGAUUUCGAUAUUCAAUCAACGAUCACAAGUAGUUCUACUGUAUUGUCUACCAGAGCAGAUGCAACAACCAAUCAAGAUAAAUCAACUGUUUCUCAUAACGUCACCGAACUUGUAUCAACUUCUGUUGAAUCUUCAUUAUCAGAACAAAUCACUACUUACACGAGUGAAACUACAUUUGUAACUUUAACCAAUGCUUUUGAUGACACUUCGAAGAUUUCUGAUCAGCAGACAACUUCUACUCUUCAAAACACAAAUAAAAUGUCUACAAUUGAUGACAUCACUGUUCCUUCGGUAACAUCAAUUGAAAAUUCUACUAAUGUUGCACAAAAUGGAUCAACUUUAUUAGCAUCUUCAGUCACAACUGUUGAGGACACGACAUCACGGUUGACGGACACCGUUACUCUUACAACAGGUUUCUCGACUGUUACUUCAUCACCUGCAGAAAGCUCUGAAACUACUGAGAAUAAUUGGAAAACAUCUCAAAAUCAACUACAAUCUACUACAGAAUAUAUAACGGAAGAGGUAACAUCAUCUACAUCUUCUUCGAGUCCUACUCGAACGCUAACUGAAACGUCGUCAAACACAAUGACAAACGGUCAAACGGUAUCAUAUACAAACAUUGAUCAAACAACCGAUACUACUACAAUGUCAUCUACUGCACAAGAUACUACACGAUUAGAAUCUGCUACAAUAACUUCCUCCUUGUUAGACAACUCAAAUAUUGGCAUAACUUCUUUAGAUUCUUCUCCAUAUCUCUUCAGCACUACAUUGAAUAUGGUAGACGAAACAUCAACUAUUACAAUACCCAAUACGACUACUGAUCAGCCUGGCAUACCGGCAUCAAUAUUACCAAGCAAUGUCACUACCGCUAUGGAAACGACGCCGUCAACUAAUACAAAACUGAGCAGCUCUGAAAGAGUCUCGGUCUUAUCUAGUGAAACCGAUUCAUCACGAAUAUUUGAUGCUACAACAAUAAAUUCAAUCACAACCACGGAAGCUAUGUCGAGCUUAAUUGAAAAUGAAUUGGAAACAUCAACAGAUGAUGUCUUCAUAACAAAUCCUAUUAGUAACUCAUUCCAUCAAUCAAGUAGUAUUUCAUCGAUCCUUUCAACUUCAAGUGCGGUCUCAUCUACUGCAGACAUGAACAUGCAGAAUAGUAUAAGUACUACUCAAACCACUUUAAAUGCGCAAUCAUCACAGUUCGCAACUAAUAGGGAAACACGAUCACCAACAGUUUCAAUACUAUCUAAGGAAACAGACUCUACAAUUGAAUUGAACACGAUGACACCAAUAACUUCGUCAAAUUCUCUACAUUUUACUUCACAAUCUACCGACAACUUAACAUCUUUUGUAUCUCAAAAUGAAGCUUAUAUUAUGACAACCACACCAAGCAUGAACGAUUCGAUCUUGUCUUCAUCUUUGUAUAGGGUUACUGACGAAGAGUCUAUGAGUACAAACUCAAUCAUUGUAUCUUCACUAAGUAAUUCUGAAAUGAAAACAUCAUUGUCGGAUAUAAGACAAUCAGCGUCAAGUUCAGAAUAUUCACUUGAUCAUUCGACAUUAUCAGAAUUCACGGAAUCUACUAACGAAAAAAUGGAUGCUUAUACUGCCACACCUAUUUAUUCGACAACUUUCAAUCAACAUGUAAAUCAAAUCACGCAACAAGAAACAAUUUCUAUUAGUUCGUUUGUUUCAUCCUCAUCUACUGAUGAAACGCCAUUGUCACUCUCGCCAUAUACGAAUCCAUUAAUUCAUAUUGAUAGUACAACCUCAAUAUCACCAGUGGAACUAUCUACCUCAAAUAUAUCACAUUCUACAAGCACUACAAGUGAUUCCUCAACAACAGAAGACUUUCCAAAUGUGACAAAAGAUCAACUUUCAAGUUUCCAAACAUUAUCAUCAAGUAGCGAUCAUGAAAUAACGAGUAGUUCGUACAUUGAUCAACAAAUAAUUUCUUCAUCUCAAAGUCAUUCAGAUUUCACAACAGAAAAUAUCCAUUAUACUACCGAAACGAUUUCCGCCAAUCAAAUAUCCACUAAUGAUUUAUUAUCACUUCAAUUAUCAACAACAAUCAGUUCACAGACUGAUUUAAGUUCGUCAAAAACUCAAACAUCAACAUUAAAUGAUAUCACAUCACCUACAUAUUCAUCAUCAAUUGAUUCAUUAGUAGAAACCACAAAAUUACUCGAUAAUACAGAAUCAAGAUUUACUUCAGUAUUAAUUACAGAAUCAUUAUCUAAUAUUACAAACACUAUUUCUAAUGAUGUAACUGAAUCAACCAACUCACCAUCGACAUUAAUUCAAUUUUCCAAUCAACUAUUAAGUUCACAAUCACAACAAGAUCUUAAUACAUUAACAAUGAAACAAAAUUUUGAUUUAACAACAAACUUCAACGAUCAAUCUUCAUCAAAACAAAUAACAGAACAUUUCGAUAUAACCACAACAGAUUCUGAAAAACUGCUUUCCUCCACAUUCGGUCAAACAUCUACUCAAACUUCUUCGGAAUCCGCUACUGAUCAAACCCUAACUUCAUCUUUCACUUCUGAAAAAGCUAAUCAACACUUCACAUCAACCAUUGCAUCUGCCACAUCAGACACAAUAGAACGAAUAUCAACAGAAAAUUUACAAUUGUCGAUCAAUCAAUCGACAUUAUCCAAUACAUUCAGUUCUACAACAACAUAUUCUUCAACUAUUUAUCCAACAUUAACAACAACAAAUACUGUGUCAUUUAAUGAUUCUAUCUCAUCUUUUGGAUCAUUUUCAAAUGACAUGAUAACUACGUCAAAUAUUAACCAUACAGAUAAAUUAAAUCAAUUGUCAACAACUCUGUCUUCUUCAUCUGAUUAUUCUUCAUUGAAAGAUAUAAUUUCUACUGAAAGUUCUUCAUUAAAUAUACAUUCAAUUGAAACAACUCCGAAAAAUAUCGAUAAAUCGUUUAGUUCGAUUCAAUCGACAUUAAUCGCACAUAAUCAAACUUCUACGAUUCAAAUUGAAUAUGAUUCUAGCACGAUUAAAUCUUCUACUGAAUCUCUAAAUAUCACUUCAGUAUCACCGUAG